CCUACUUUAUUUUGGCGUUUGCUGUCGCGUUUCUGUGUCAUCAUUUCCUGUCAGAAGAAGAAGACGUUAUACAGACAGGCAAAAGUACUGUAAUGUCGUGGAUUCGAGAGAAAGAACUCUCCUUUUUAGAAAAGCUCACUGCCAACAUCCUAAAGGCAGGGCCUAUGCCCAAACAUGUGGCCUUUAUCAUGGACGGUAACAGGCGUUUCGCCCAAAAGGCACAUGUGCAGAGACAGGAGGGCCACUCGCAGGGUUUUGAGAAACUAGCAGAGGCGCUCCGCUGGUGCCUACACCUGGGCAUUCACGAGGUGACUGUGUAUGCGUUCAGCAUUGAGAACUUCAAGCGCUCCAAGGACGAGGUGGAUGGUCUGAUGGAGCUGGCCAGACAGAAGUUCAGCCGCCUGCUGACAGAGCAGGAGAAUCUGGAGAAGCAUGGUGUGUGUAUCCGUGUGCUGGGAGAUCUGACUCUUCUGCCUGCAGAUCUGCAGCAGCUCAUUGCCAAAGCUGUGGUGGCAACUAAAGCACACAACAAGUGUUUUCUGAACGUGUGCUUUGCAUAUACCUCAAGACAUGAAAUCACAAAUGCAGUGAAGGAAAUGGCUUGGGGCGUAGAGCAGGGCCUGCUAAAAUCCAGUGAUGUGUCUGAGGUGCUCCUCAGUGAGUGUCUCUAUAGCAGUAAUUCUCCAAACCCCGAUCUGCUCAUCCGAACGUCUGGAGAAGUGCGUCUUAGUGAUUUCCUUCUGUGGCAGACCUCUUAUUCCUGUCUAGUGUUUCAGUCGGUCCUGUGGCCGGAAUAUUCAUUCUGGAAUCUGUGUGAAGCUGUUUUACAGUAUCAGCUGAGCUACCGAUCUCUCCAGAAAGCUCGAGAUCUGCACAGAGAAGGCCAAGAGCUCCAGCAGAUGGAAGCGGAUCGCUCCUGUGUGGCUGAGCUCCUGCAGCAUCAUGGGAACAGAGAAAGCAUGGAUGCUCAGCAUCGACAGAAAGAUCUGCUGAAGUACACCGCUGGCCGAGAGGAGAGGGUUCGCUGCUUUCUCAACGCCCUUCAGCUCAAGAGAGACACUUUCUUCAGUGAUUUAAGCAGCCAGGCUGUCGUGGCUUAGCAUUGAACUUUUUAUAUUUACUGAUCUGUAAAUACUUAAAAUCUGGAAGGAUCUUUUACCCCGUUUUAUGGGGCAGUGGAUAUGUAUGCUUGAUAUUGAUCUAGAAAUGAUCUUAAAUCUUCAAAUAAAUUUUUUGAUUGAUUGACCCCAUAGGCAUUUUUUUUUUAGGUGGGGUUGUAAAUAUGCUAGGAAAUACAAUGGGUUAAAUAUGAUUGAUAUCACUUGAAUUUUCAUGAUAUAAAUUUUUUAUAAAUAAUUCAAUCUCAGAUUUGUGGACUGAUUUGACCUAUUCAUUGAAGCCUCACAAACAGUUAAUUCACAAAUCAAAUAUUACUUGCCUGAGAGACAGUUUUACUCCAUGCAAGAGCAUAAUAAAAUAUUCAAAUAUGCAUAUUCAGACUAGACUUUGUAAUGUUGUAAAGGUAAAUUACAGUAACAGUCAAAAGUUUGGACACACAAUUGACUGAAUUUAUCUUUUCAUUAUCGUAAAACCUUUUUAGCUAAAGGCCUCUGCUUGAAAUUAGUUUUGACAAAUCUAAAAAAAAAGUUUAAAGUUUCAU